AUGGAGUGCGGGGUGGGUUUACACCUGGGGGAAAGCAGGCCUGCAUUGAGGGGUCCCGUGAGAACGUGGUACCAGGUCCCGGUGACAUUUGAGGAUGUGGCUGUGUAUUUCUCUCGGGAGCAAUGGGGCCUUUUGGACGAUAUGCAGAGGGCCCUCUACAGGGACGUCAUGCAGGAGAAUUACCAGACUCUGGUCUCACUGCGUAAGGAUUAA